CCCAUCGCGCGCGGUCGUCGUCGUGCGCGGCGUGCGAAAAGGGUUUGUCGUCGUCGGCUUUGAUUUUAUUUUUUUGGCGCGCGCUGACCAUCUGCCAUCUGCGGCGGCCACCGCCGUUUUACAGUCGGCCACCGUCGUCGCGCGGCCCAAGGUCGUCGCCGCCACGUCAUUUACGUAUUUUCGCCUCCUCCGCAUCUGCGCCCACACAUCUUUUUCCCACCACGACCGGCCGGCGGCGGAUGACUGCUUGACGCCGCCGUCUCCACCGCUACCGCCGUGGCCGUACCGUUGCGGCGGUGUCACGUUUCCGAGACGCGUUUCGCUCGCGCGUUAUACCACUGCAGCAGCUCUCAACGCCGCCGUCGCCAAGCGUGAUUAUAGUGAAACGAUAGUGUCCACUGCCGCGCUCCUUCGACUUAAUAAUAAUAUCACCGCGCGCUUGACGGAAGUACGGCGAUCGCGGGUUCCGCCGGUUAUUAUGCGUUGUGGUCGUGAUGGAACAAGUGGUCGCGCUCGCUUACAACAACGGCCCGGAACUGCAACAUCAACAGCAGCCACCGAGUCCCGUUGUUCCACCGCCGCCGCCUCAGCAGCAGCAGCAGCCGCCGAGGAUGACGGAAGAAGAAGACGGCGAGGAUCGCAGCAGCGCCGCGUUCUUCUGUAACACCGAGUACAGUUUUAUCCAUUACAACUAUCAAACAAAUAGUUAUGUGCAAUAUGACGUCAAACCACAAAAUGAUAUCACAUUACAAGAAGGAUUUCAAGACGAUUUAUCUCAAAGUUCAUUCAGCAACGAUACUCCACCAGAUCAGUCUGAUACCAAAAGACAUUACUGCGAAUUCACUGGGUGCAAAAGAACGUACAGCACUGUGGGAAAUCUCCGUACUCAUAUGAAGACACAUAAAGGCGAAUAUCGAUUCAAGUGUAACAUAAUUGACUGCGGUAAACCAUUUUUGACGUCAUACAGUUUAAAAAUUCAUGAACGUGUGCAUACUAAGCAAAAACCAUUUGUUUGUACUAAGGAGGAAUGUCAAAAAGCUUUUAACACCGUUUACAGGCUACGAGCUCAUCAACGCUUGCACACUGGUGAUACUUUCGAUUGUAUACAAGCAGGCUGUGGAAAGUGUUUUACGACUUUUAGUGAUCUAAAGAAGCAUUACAGAACACACACGCAAGAACGACCGUACAAAUGCGCAGAAGAAGGUUGCGGUCGAGCGUUUACGGCCAGCCAUCAUCUAAAAACGCACAAGCGGACGCAUUCAGCUGACAAACUGUACACGUGCGACCGACCGAAUUGCAACAAGUCGUUCCCAGGAAAGGCUAGUCUUAAAACGCACCAGCGGAGUCAUGAUAUUUGGGACGAGUCAGAGACCCUGUCAGAUUUCGCGGAUGACUUGUUACAGCAUUUCGACAGUGAAACCAACAGCACGACUUCGGAAUUCUUAAAAUACCAAAGUCAACUAGUCAUACCGCUGUCGAAGGCCAACAUCGAAGCCCUAAAGCAAUGCGAAACGGCCGAGGUGGAGGUGGAUGCAUACCUUUCAGGUAUUGCGAUACGGACGUUCACAGGGGCUGGCCCGGAUUCGAGCACGGCCACCGUGCAAAAGAUGAUCGUGGCCGAGCCGGACGACGGCAUGCCGGUAAAGCUGUCCGUGGAGUGCAACGUCGACGUACAGAAGGUCGGCCAGGACGCCAACGGUACGAUCAGCCUGUGCGUGAUGGACAACGGUGAGUUGAUGUCCAGCCUGCUGAUGAUGCCGGUGAUCAACGGCGCCAGCUACGAGACGGUGACGGAGGACGACUCGAGCCAGCCGCCGGCCAUGUCCAUAGCCACGGAGACGGUGCAGGAACUGCAGUUCGUCGACGAGCCCGUCCGGCAGACAGUGACGGCUGUCGAGCAGUCGGACACCGAACCGGCGGGGGCGGCCGUCGACCUCAUACCGUUCGACGACAUUCUGGUGUCCAAGCCGGACACGGAUUUCGCGGUGUGCGAACCGCACCACGGGGUCGCCGCCGACGAACCGCUGCAGGUGGCCGAGGAGUUCAGCGUCGAGGAGCUCAUACUCAGCCUGGCCGACGACGCGGACCAGUGUCUCGACAGUUCGGUCGCUUCGCUCAUGGUUAGCCCGCAGCUGGAAGUGUUCGAGCCCACGUUUCCCGUGCCGGCGCCCAGUCUGCCGCAACAACCGGUGCUCGAGUCCGCUUUUUCGCCGGACGGCAACUGCGGCAGUCCCGCCGCUGUAGCUGCUACGGCCACCACCGGUGCCGCGACAGUCGCCGGUCAUCCGGCCGCCCCGACGUCUUGUUCGCUGACCGUGGCCUGCAACACGCGCAAACAGCUCAGGAAAGUGCUCGAACACAGACGACCCGCGAGCAUAUCGCACUGAAGUCCGUCCGUCACGAUGCACAGGAGACUAUGAUAUAUUAUAUACAAUAGUUAAACAUAUUUUUUAACGGAUAGAUGGGGUGAGCCCCUUAAACAUUAUUUGAAGUCACACGAUAGGUGGCCCAUUAAAUUUAUUUUCGUGAACGAUUAAAGUAAAUAAAUGUCGUAUGCGACUCGGCGUAAACGUGUAUAGGUAUUAAAAAUUAAAGUGCGAUUAUUUAUUAUCGUAUAAUGUCCGCUAGGAAACGUACCAGUAAUUUUUUACGACGAAUUAUAUUUAUUGUAUAUUUUUAUUACUAAAUUAGUUAUAUGUUUUUUUACACGUUUAUUAUGUUUUUCAUAGAAUUGCCUAGAAAAAAAAAACUAUACUCGAAUUUUAUGUAUUAGUCAUCGAAAAGAAGAAACAUUUAGCCUAUUACGUUAUAUACUCAUUAAGAAUUCAUAUUUAAUCUCUCUAUAGCAUUUAUGAUUUAACUUUAUUACAUUCAUCUCUUAACCCGUUAAAUUACUGUAUUUUAACAUGUAACAAGCUGUGAUUUAAUAACGAUUUUUUAGUACAUUUUUUACUAUUUUCGUUAUGAUUUUACACAUUUUUAGAUAGUAUGUAGAUAACUUUGUACCUAUAUUAUACCUAUUCAACUACAUACACGCCGUAUACCUACAUCAUACUAAUAUCUAUAAGAAUAAUUUUAGAGGUACAUAUAGGUAGUCUAGGAUAAGUUCUAUACGUAUUAUAGGAUAGGACUGAUUGUUUGAUAUCACUCUAACACUCAAUGAAAUUAAUGAUUUAUUUUAUUUACUACUGCAUUUAUAUUCUAGUUUAAUUUAAAAAUCAUCUCUUUAGUAUAUCUUAUAUCGUAUUAAUCUUAGUUAGAGACGAAAAUAUAAUGAUUAAAAGAUACGGUUCUGGGAUACUAUAUUUAAAUGACAUAAUAUUAUAUUAUUAUAACUAUAACUCUAACAUAAUAAUUAAUAAUACUUAUAUAAUAUGUUAUAUCUAUAUUCUAUAUAUAAUUUAUUUUGAAAAAAAACAUGUUUGUGUCGAGAAAAAUUAUUUUGUACUGUCAACUUUGUAUGACUAACCAUGUAAUGAUUUUCUGACGUUAAUACAUAAACUAAACUAAAUGUAGUAAGUAAUCAAAAUCGGGACCGAGCUUACUAUUAUUUAUAACCUCGAGUAGGCUUAUUCUACUACAGUGCCAAAAUAUUUUUACCGGAAUUUAACUCACGCAAAACGAAAGUGAUACUCUAGUUUUGAACUCCUUACUUUUUUUAUUUUAAUUAUUGUUUAAAGUGAAAGUUUGUUAUUUUUGUGUAUUCAUAAAUGUAUUUUUUGUAGUCAUACAAAAUAAUGUUGUAAUUUUUGUAUUACUGAUAUUUAAUAGAUGUAGUCUACGUAUUUUAUUGUAGACGGAUAAUACCUCGCUCAUUUAAUUCAUGUUUUUGUUUAUACUUAAUUUCAACGUGUAUAUUUGUUGUUUCAAAAUAAACAAUAUUGACUUACAUUGAAAAAAAAA